GUGGGGGGACGAUCUGGGGGCGAAUGACGAGAUGAUUUCGUUUAAGGACGAGGGGGAACAAGACGAGAAGAUCUGUCCGAUCAGUUCGGCCGAGCGGGACCUGGCGGACGUCAAGUCUUCUCUGGUCAAUGAGUCCGAGACCCCCCACAGCUCGUCCGACUCCGAGACCGAGCGGCGACCCCCUCCCAGGCCGGAGAGUUUCCGGGACAAGAGUCGGGACAGCCUGGAGGACGCUGCUAAAAGACCUGACGGAGGAUUAUUUAAAGGGCCGACAUAUGGGGGUUACCCCUUCAUCAUGAUCCCCGACCUGAGCAGCCCCUACCUGCCCAACGGAUCCCUCUCCCCUACUGCGCGACAGUGCGUGAAUGUACCACUAGAUCUGCAUUUAGCCUCUUGUUGCAGCCCUUUCAUGCAGUAUCUGCAGAUGAAAUGGCCCCUUCUGGAUGUUCAGGCUGGAAGCUUACAGGGUAGACAAGGAAUGAAGGACACCAGAUCUCCGUCCCCGGCUCACAUUGUUUCUAACAAGGUGCCCGUUGUACAGCACCCUCACCAUGUCCACCCCCUCACGCCGCUCAUUACCUACAGCAACGAGCACUUUACCCCAGGGAACCCCCCACCGCACUUACAGGCAGACGUGGACCCAAAAACAGGAAUCCCAAGGCCUCCACACCCUCCAGACAUUUCCCCGUAUUACCCUUUAUCCCCGGGCGCCGUCGGACAGAUCCCCCAUCCGCUAGGAUGGUUAGUACCACAGCAAGGUCAGCCCGUUUAUCCAAUCACAACGGGGGGCUUCAGGCACCCCUACCCCACAGCCCUUACCGUCAAUGCUUCCAUGUCAAGAUUCCCUCCUCACAUGGUGCCGCCUCAUCACAGUUUGCACACAACUGGAAUCCCUCACCCCGCCAUAGUCAACCCUACUGUCAAGCAGGAGUCUUCCCAGAGUGACAUGGGAUCCCUCCACAGCUCGAAACAUCAGGAUUCCAAAAAAGAAGAAGAAAAGAAAAAGCCGCACAUAAAGAAACCUCUAAAUGCGUUCAUGCUGUAUAUGAAGGAGAUGAGGGCAAAAGUCGUGGCCGAGUGCACGUUAAAAGAAAGCGCAGCCAUCAAUCAGAUCCUUGGCCGAAGGUGGCACGCAUUAUCCAGGGAAGAGCAAGCGAAAUACUACGAGCUGGCGAGGAAGGAGAGGCAACUCCACAUGCAGCUUUACCCCGGAUGGUCGGCACGGGAUAACUAUGGCAAGAAGAAGAAGAGGAAAAGGGAAAAGCAACAAGGAGAGGCCAAUGAACACAGCGAAUGUUACCUAAAUCCUUGCCUUUCUCUUCCUCCGAUCACAGACCUGAGCGCUCCUAAGAAAUGUCGAGCGCGCUUUGGCCUUGAUCAGCAGAAUAACUGGUGCGGUCCCUGCAGAAGGAAAAAGAAGUGCAUUCGCUACAUACAAGGUGAAGGCAGCUGCGUUAGCCCGCCCUCUUCAGAUGGAAGCUUAUUAGACUCUCCUCCUUCUUCUCCCGCCAUGCCGGACUCCCCCAUAUCAGACUCCAAACUCCAAACUGAACAAACUCAACCUCUUUCUUUAACCUUGAAACCCUACCCCCUGACACGGAUCUGCGGGCCCCAUUCACCUCUGGCCGAGAGCCCCGUGCGAAAGCCCAAUACACUGGCAGCCGCCAUUUGCCAUAACGGAGCAGAACUCAGUCACCCGCACAAUUCUCUGCACUCGUCUCUGCACUCGUCUCUGCCCUCGUCUCUGCCCUACAGUUUGUCUCUUACACAACCGUCCACCUCGUUCCUUCCUUCCCAUCGCUCCUUGUCUGGAACUCAACUUCAGCCCCUGUCCCUGGUCACCAAACCCUUAGAGUAGAACCCAACACCCACGAGUAACUUCUUUUAUUUUUUACAUUUCUUGGGGGGGAGGAAAGUUUCCCCUUUCCAUAAAUUUCAGUUUUUUUCAUUUGUGCCAAACGGCUCCUUUUUUUGUAAUUAGAUGUUUUAUGAAAUUCAUUGGUCAAUAUUUGACCCGUUCCUUCACUUCUCCGAUGUGAGUCGCAGACCUCAACGAAAUCUCACAAUUCUGCCAAAAUUUCUAUAUCGUCCGAUGUCACGUUCAAAAAGUAUCAUCGGGAGAAGGGGGGAAAUGAUAUCGAUAUAUAUAUGAAAAUGACCACAAAAAAAAAAAUACCUAACUGUUGUGUAGUUCUGAUCGGAAACUCGGAAAAAAGACUGAUUUAAAGAAGAAUAAUUAAGGAAAAAAAAAAAAAAGCAAUUUUGAAGCCGCCCUCGCAGAAGGAGUUGGUUCUUUAUUAUUUGUAUUAAAUACGAGCUUGUGAACCAAUCAUUUUACAUCCGGUUUUUAACCUCUCGGUGCACAACGAAUGCAGUGCCACUAAAUCUCUCGUGAAACAACUUUUAUUGUGAUGUUACUUGUUCUUGUUGAAAUGUACAGAAAAAAAAACAAAAAAUGGUAAAAACUGAACAAAAUGUGUGAAUAUGCCUUGUUCCAUGGUGGGGUUCAUUUUUGGGGGUGCGGGGGGGGCUGGUAAUUACAUGGACAAAAUGUGGGGGGAGGGGUGGGGUUGCGGCGGGGGCAGGUUUUUGAAUAUAUCAGAGCCAUGGACCUGUAGUAUUUAUUGCUUAGAUAAAGCGCUUGUGUCCUGUUUGUCGUCUCUUUUAAAGAAAAAAAAACGUUUUUCCCCCCCCUCCCGUUUCUUGAAGACGUUGUACAAAGUUUUCUUUUGUUAGUGUCAGCAUCUUAUAUAUAAAUAUAAAUAUAUAUCAUUUGUACAAGGUUUUUAAGUUUAUAUAUAAAUUUAUAUUUUUCGUUUUGUUUCCGCUGUUUCAAAAAUUGCCACCAAACCGACAUUUGUAGUUUAAAGGAUCCACGUUGUACAAAGAAACGCAAUUGCUUUAAAAAAUUUAAAAAAAAAAAGCCAUUACACAAAAGACUUGAAAUUGUUAUAAAUAAAUAAAAACAUGACAAAUCCACGUGCCAAAAUUUCCAGCCACAAAAACUCCCACUUCCUCCCUCUUCUUUUCCUUCCGUUUUGAUGUGAUGUUACAUAGGUAGGUAUGUACGUAGUUUUAUUGUCAGCGAUAACAGGUGUAUUUGCUAGGGAGACCGACGGGGAAAUAGAAACUAAAAAAGCAAAACGUUAGGUACAAAAAAAAGUGAAUUUUUUUUUUUUUUUUUUUUUAAAUCCCGCAUGGGACAAAUUCCUGUUGAGUUAUUUAUAAAGGAAACUACUGCCAUUUUUAUGUACAUUUGCUACGUGUAGGUAGCAGACCUUAAAAAGAAAAAAAAAAGGCAUGUUGAUGUUGCUCCAAAAAUAUGAGAGGACGAAACUGAAAAAAAAAAAAGAUAAAUUUUUCGUCCAUUUCAUCCAGUGAAAUUGUAGUUUGACCUGAAGCAAUUGUAAAAUCUGUCUCUGAUGUUUUCUGAAGAUGCUAAUGAUGAUGACAAUUUUAUUUUGUGAAUACUUUAAAUGUUUCCUAACCGCUGUGAUGUUGCCAUUCGGUUUUAUUGCUCUUAUUCCAAUUUUUAUUUUUUUUCCAAUUUCAAAAAAUGGUUUUUCAAACCUGACAAUUUUUUUUUGUAUUGAGUCAUGUUCAUCCUGUACAGUAUCUGUAGCAUGCAGUUCUGGAUUAAUAAAAGCAACAUAGUAUGUG